AUGGUGCUUCAUCUAUGCCUUGGUGUGGUGUUCUUGGCUGUGUUUUCACCAGCCAUUGCAGAUCCAGAUAUAACAGUGGUCUGUUCAAAAGACUCACUGAGGAUCACAUGGAGGAUCCCUGAGAAGGCAGUCCCUGAUGCAGCUCGUCUCUUCCUCGGAAACUGUUAUCCCUCUAAUCUGAAUGUUGCGUCCACUGGAGAAGCAGACGUGGUUUUCAACUACACAUUUUCUGACUGCAGAUUUAAGAAACAGGUGAAAGGAAAAUACCUAAUUUACAAAAAUGAACUUAGCUUCAGGCCUAAGCCAAGGCCAAACCCUCCUGUCUAUGUGUUCCCCAUCCAGUGUGUUACCAGGAGAUCCAAUGCCUGGGUUCCUCACUUCCUGAACCCUGGAUCAGGGUUAUCUGAAGGUCGCAGCAGUUUAGUUUUCAACAUGGCGCUCCUGAAUGAGGAUCUAACAGGUAUUGCAAAAACCAACGUCGUUCCUCUGGGCUCGUUCAUUGCGAUAUGGGCGGCAGUGGAGCAGAAGUCCCAUCAACCCCUGCUUCUCCUAAUGGAAGAAUGUGUGGCGACUACGACCCUUGAGCUGCACACAAACACCCCACGAUACCCUAUCAUCAGCAAUCAAGGAUGUCUUCAGGAAAGUGUGAAGGGAAACGCCAUGUUCCUGCCUCGAUACCACUCGUCUGCACUCAUCGUCUACCUGCAGUCCUUCAAACUGAACGAUGGGGAUGUGGUCUACAUCCACUGCAAACUGGUUGCAUGGGAUCCUAAUUCUCUAAGUGACAGUAGAAAGGCCUGCCAUUAUUCGAAGGAAAGUGAAAGUUGGGAACUACUGGACGACCCACUUCAGAGCUCCCUUUGUUGUAACUGUGACAAUACCUGCGACAGACGAAAGAGGAGAGAAGUUGAAAAUGAAUCCCACAGCCUAAGCUACAACUCUGUUGUUGGACCCCUGUUCAUAGUGGAUCGGUCUGACCUGAAGACAAAGAACAAAUGGGUGGGGUCUGUCCCUGCAGCUGGUCCCCAGAUGGAAUAA